AUGGUCACCAUGAGAUGCUUGUGUUGCGAAAUCCUAGUUAUCUCAAUCUGCCUUUUACACCUCUGCACAGUCUGUGAAGGGCGACCCCUGAGGAGGAGGUCAGUGAGUGAGGUUCAGCUUAUGCACAACCUGCGGGAGCACAAGCAGGUGCAGGACCGUCGGGACUGGCUGCAGACGAGGCUCCGGGACAUCCACACCGCCUCGGCCCGGGGCAGCGGGGACUCCAGCCGCUCCAGGAGGCUGCUGCUUCCCGGGGACCUACCGGACCUGAGUGACCUGACACCGGAGGAGAUCCAGUACGCUCUCAACUUCUUGGAGAAGCUUCUCAACUCCAAGCACUGA